CCCAGGACCGCCUGGAUUACAAGGUCCCAAAGGAGCUCCAGGAGCUCCUGGAAUUGGCCCCCCCGGAGCGAUGGGCCCCCCUGGAGGACAGGGACCACCAGGAUCCUCAGGCCCUCCUGGAGUGAAAGGAGAGAAGGGCUUUCCCGGAUUUCCAGGCCUGGACAUGCCAGGUCCCAAAGGAGAUAAAGGGUCCCAAGGGCUGCCUGGCCUGACGGGACAGUCGGGGCUCCCUGGUCUCCCUGGACAGCAGGGCACACCUGGGGUUCCUGGGUUUCCAGGUCCCAAGGGAGAGAUGGGCGUCAUGGGGACCCCGGGGCAGCCUGGCUCACCGGGACCAGCGGGCCUGCCGGGAUUACCAGGAGAGAAAGGGGACCAUGGCUUCCCGGGCUCCUCGGGGCCCAGGGGAGACCCUGGCUUCAAGGGGGACAAAGGAGAUGUGGGUCUCCCCGGCAAGCCUGGCUCCAUGGAUAAGGUGGACAUGGGCAGCAUGAAGGGUCAGAAGGGAGACCAAGGAGAGAAAGGACAGACUGGACCAACUGGUGAUAAAGGAUCCCGGGGAGACCCUGGAACCCCGGGAGUACCUGGAAAGGACGGGCAGGCGGGGCAUCCUGGGCAGCCAGGACCUAAAGGUGACCCAGGCAUAGGUGGAACCCCAGGUGCUCCGGGACUCCCUGGACCCAAAGGAUCGGUUGGUGGCAUGGGCCUGCCAGGAACACCGGGAGAAAAAGGUGUGCCUGGAAUCCCCGGCCCGCAGGGCGUCCCUGGCUUACCCGGGGAGAAAGGAGCCAAAGGAGAGAAAGGGCAGGUGGGCCUACCUGGCAUUGGAAUUCCGGGCCGUCCUGGGGACAAGGGAGAUCAAGGGGUCGCAGGCUUUCCGGGGAGUCCUGGAGAGAAAGGAGAAAAAGGCAGUGCUGGUAUCCCAGGGGUCCCUGGCUCCCCAGGCCCCAAAGGCUCGCCAGGGAGUGUCGGCUAUCCAGGAAGCCCCGGAUUGCCUGGAGAAAAAGGUGACAAAGGUCUCCCGGGAUCGGAUGGCAUUCCUGGCAUCAAAGGAGAAGCAGGUCUUCCUGGGAGUCCUGGCCCCACGGGCCCAGCUGGCCAGAAAGGGGAGCCCGGCAGUGACGGAAUCCCGGGGUCGGCGGGAGAGAAGGGUGAAGCAGGUCUGCCCGGGAGAGGAUUCCCAGGGUUUCCAGGAGCCAAAGGAGAGAAAGGUUCAAAGGGCGACGUGGGUUUCCCAGGACAAGCCGGGAGUCCAGGCAUCCCCGGAUCCAAAGGAGAGCAAGGAUUCAUGGGUCCCCCGGGGCCACAAGGACAGCCGGGCUUACCUGGAGCUCCGGGCCACGCUGUGGAGGGGCCCAAAGGAGACCGGGGCCCACAGGGUCAACCUGGCCUGCCAGGGCUUCCAGGACCUGUGGGGCCUCCGGGGCUCCCUGGGCUUGAUGGACUCAAAGGUGACAAAGGAAACCCGGGCUGGCCGGGGACUCCCGGAGCUCCAGGGCCCAAGGGAGAGCCAGGAUUCCAAGGCCUGCCUGGGAUUGGUGGCUCGCCAGGGAUCACAGGUUCUAAGGGUGACAUGGGGCCUCCAGGAGUGCCAGGAUUUCAAGGUCAGAAAGGCCUCCCUGGCCUGCAGGGAGCGAAGGGGGAUCAAGGUGACCAGGGCUUCCCCGGAAGUAAAGGCCUUCCCGGCCCCCCGGGUCCCCCGGGACCCUACGAUGUCAUCAAAGGGGAGCCAGGGCUUCCUGGUCCUGAGGGUCCCGCAGGUCUGAAGGGGCUCCCGGGGCCUCCAGGCCCCAAAGGACAGCAAGGUGUGACAGGAUCCGUGGGCUUACCUGGACCGCCCGGUGUUCCUGGUUUUGACGGCGCCCCUGGCCAGAAAGGAGAGACAGGACCCUUCGGCCCUCCUGGUCCGCGAGGGUUUCCGGGCCCGCCAGGCCCUGAUGGGUUGCCAGGAUCCAUGGGUCCCCCAGGCACCCCGUCUGUUGAUCACGGCUUCCUUGUGACCAGGCACAGUCAGACAACGGAUGACCCACAGUGUCCUCCUGGGACCAAAAUUCUUUACCACGGGUACUCCUUGCUCUAUGUGCAAGGCAACGAAAGGGCCCACGGCCAGGACUUGGGCACGGCUGGAAGCUGCCUGCGCAAGUUCAGUACGAUGCCCUUCCUUUUCUGCAACAUCAACAAUGUGUGUAACUUCGCCUCCCGAAAUGACUACUCCUACUGGUUGUCCACGCCUGAGCCCAUGCCCAUGUCCAUGGCGCCCAUCGCCGGGGACAAUAUCAGACCGUUUAUUAGCAGGUGCGCAGUGUGUGAGGCGCCCGCCAUGGUGAUGGCCGUGCACAGCCAGACCAUUCAGAUCCCGCAGUGCCCCAGCGGCUGGUCCUCCCUCUGGAUUGGCUAUUCCUUCGUGAUGCACACCAGUGCUGGUGCUGAAGGUUCGGGCCAAGCCCUCGCGUCCCCCGGGUCUUGUCUGGAAGAGUUUAGGAGCGCGCCAUUCAUCGAGUGCCACGGCCGUGGGACCUGCAACUACUACGCGAACGCUUACAGCUUUUGGCUUGCCACCAUCGAGAGAAGCGAGAUGUUCAAGAAGCCCACGCCAUCCACCUUGAAGGCCGGGGAGCUGCGCACACACGUCAGUCGCUGCCAAGUCUGUAUGAGAAGAACGUAAUGAAGCCUGGCCCUCCGCUAACGUACAACAUGGUGCUACUCCCCCCUCUUCCCCUUCUUUUUUUUAACAGCAACGAACCCUAGAAAUAUAUCCUGUGUACCUCACUGUCCAGUAUGAAAACCGUAAAGUGCCUUAUAGGAAUUUGCGUAACUAACACACCCUGCUUCGGUGGCCUCUACUUGCUGAAGGAGAAACCAAGACCAUGAUAAGCUGUCAUAGUGACAUACCAAGGGCACUUGUGAUGAAAUAAAAGUCUAAGUCUGUCCUACAAUCCAGUGCACUGAUGUGUAACUUGAGAACUCCAUCAGAAAACCAAAGGGUGCUAGGAGGUGUGCGGGGCCUUCCGUUCUGUUGGAACGCCCGUUUCCACUCUUGUAUUAUAGCAGAUGCCUUGUCAGCCCCGGAUGGGAUGUCUGUUUGUGUCACUGUCGAGCUGGGUCUGUACAAACAGCCGUCACGUAACCACGGUGUUUCGGAGCUGCACGUGGAAUGCGGGCUCAGCAGCCGGAUCUUCCAACCCCAAAUAUAAAUUUAGGUCUUUCUGCUCUGUGUGGUACUAUGCAGCUGCUUUUGCAGAAAUCACGAAUUUCCUGUGGAAUAAAGAUGGUCCAAAAGUAGGCAGAAAUUAAAUAUAUAUAUAUUUUAGUAAUUUAUAUAGAUGUCAGCAAUUAGGCAGGUCAAGUUUUCGUUUCAUUUCCACUGUUAAAAUAAAGCUUACAUAGUUUCUUCCUCGAAAAGACUGUGUUGUCCUUUCACAUAGAUUUUUGAACACUCGGGUGUUGGAUGGAAACAUCCGUUCUCACUGUUCACCUCCAAACCAAAACUCGUGUAUCAGCCAAAGCCAAACCCAGGUUCAUGAGCGCGGUGUCUAUUACAGUGAAGCAUGUACUUUGGGCUUUAUUGUUUUUUUUUCUGUAUUAAAUAUCUUCAGGGUUUUAAACACUAAUCACAACUGAAUGACUUGACUUCAAAACCAGCAACCGUAAAAGGCCUUCGUUUCAUUCGUAUUCCUCAUUCUGCAGCCUGGUGUGGAAAACAGCUCUGUAGGAUCUUAGUGUCAGUAACCCACGUGGAAGCGCUUCGCGUGGCUUCCUCGUUCUCGGGAGCACUGUGUGCACGUCAGCAGGGAACGGGUGGAUUUCAGGAGAGCAGAACUGACCACUAUGCCUGAAAUGACAUUUCACCCAAAGUCUCCAAAACGUUUAAGACUACUAAGGCCUUUUAUGUAAUUUCUCUCAAUGUGUAUUUCUUAAAAAUUCGAAUUUGUAAUAAAACUAUUUGUAUAAAAAUUAAGCUUUUAUUAAUUUGUUGCUAGUAUUGCCACAGAAACAUUAAAAGUUACUGCACGAGCCACUAAUAAAUUUGUAAGCUUUGCCUA